AAAUUGCCAACUCACGCUGACCGUCAGUUUAUCUUGUGAAACAAGCCCUAAUUUUCCCCCCUCAACCUUUCAAAAAGAUGAUAACACGAUUCAACUUCCGCUAACAAACGGUACGUCUUCUGCAUCCCUCUCGUACAUUCGAAACCCUAACCAACAGUAUAAUUUUGGGCUCCAAUUACAUCCUUCAUACCCAUAAUCUUAUCUUCAAGUUGCAAAAAACUGGUACCAAUUAGGGUUUUUGUAAUGAUAUUAUACAGUUAACAUGCUAUUGGAUGCAAAAACUCGAUUUAUUUGAUCUGGGUAAUGGCAAUUUGGUAAUUUAGCGUUGUUUGUUAUUGCACUCCAAGUGUUUGAUGAAAUUUCUGAGAGAAUUGGUGAACAUAAGGCUAUAUUGUUUGGUGGGUUUUUGAGUUUGAAUUAAGGGAAGGGGGUUUAAGUGUUAGGAUGGAGACACCGGGAUCGAAAAGGUUGUUGAGAAAGAAGUCUCUUUCUAGAAGCUAUGAUGAGAAUUUGAUGGAUGAUUAUUUGGAUAAACAGUUAGGUAGUUCGUCGAAGAAAAAGUUUAGAACAAAGAAGGAAUUAGAGAAAGAAACAGAAAAAGAAGCGAUGAUAGCUCUUUCGUUAGGGUUUCCGAUUGAUGCGUUACUUGAAGAAGAGAUUAAAGCUAAUGUAGUGAGUGAGUUAGAUGGAAAACAACAGAAUGAUUAUAUCGUUGUUAGAAACCAUAUUCUUUCGAGGUGGAGGGCUAACGUACACACGUGGCUUUCGAAAGGUGAGAUAAAGGAAACUGUAAGUAACGAGUACGGGCAGUUGAUACAUUCGGCUUACGAUUUUCUAAUGUUUAACGGGUAUAUCAAUUUUGGGGUUUCGCCACCGUUCAAGGCUCAGUUGCCCGAGGAAGCAACUGAGGGGUCCGUUAUAAUCAUCGGUGCGGGACUUGCGGGGUUAGCCGCUGCUCGCCAGCUGUUAGCUUUCGGUUUUAAGGUGGUUGUUUUAGAAGGUAGGAACAGACCCGGUGGGAGAGUUUACACGCAAAAGAUGGGUCAAAAGGGUAAUUACGCUGCUGUAGAUCUCGGUGGUAGUGUUAUUACGGGUAUCCAUGCAAACCCUCUUGGCGUUUUGGCUAGACAGCUUUCGAUUCCGCUUCAUAAAGUUCGAGAUAAAUGCCCGUUGUAUGAUCCGGAAGGUAGACCUGUUGGUGAUGAAAUUGAUUCGAAAGUAGAGUUUAUUUUUAAUCGGCUUUUAGACAAAGUUACUGAAUUUCGACAAAUUAUGGGUGUAUCAGCUGCUGAUAUUUCGUUAGGCUCGGUUCUCGAAAAACUUACGCAGCUGUAUACCGUGGCCACGACUCCCGAGGAGAAACAAUUACUCGAUUGGCAUUUUGCAAAUUUGGAAUACGCAAACGCUGGUAGUCUUUCGAAUCUUUCCGCUGCCUAUUGGGAUCAAGACGAUCCUUACGAAAUGGGUGGUGAUCAUUGCUUUCUUGCAGGUGGGAAUUGGCGAUUAAUCGAAUCGUUAUGUGAUGGGGUUCCUAUUUUUUACGAUAAAAUCGUGCAGACGGUUCGAUACAAUAGCGAAGGUGUUGAGGUAAUUUCUGGGGAUCAAAUGUAUCAAGCGGAUAUGGUGUUAUGCACUGUUCCGCUUGGUGUUUUAAAGAAACGGACCGUAAAGUUCGUACCGGAAUUACCGAAAAGAAAACUAGACGCGAUUGACAAGUUGGGAUUUGGGUUGUUGAAUAAGGUUGCUAUGGUGUUCCCGCAUGUGUUUUGGGGUGAAGAUUUGGAUACGUUUGGGUGUCUUAGCAAGAAUAGCAUUACACGUGGUGAGUUUUUUUUGUUCUAUAGUUAUCAUACGGUUUCUGGGGGUUCGGUCCUUGUUGCAUUGGUUGCUGGUGAAGCUGCAAGAUCGUUUGAAUCAACACAUCCUUCCACUUUACUACAUCGUGUUCUAAGCAUCCUUCGAGGUAUAUAUGGUCCAAAGGGUAUUGAUGUACCCGAUCCCAUCCAAUCUGUUUGUACAAAAUGGGGAAACGAUCCUCUUUCUUACGGUUCAUACUCUCAUGUGCGGGUGCACUCUUCGGGUAGUGAUUACGAUAUACUCGCAGAAAACGUUGAAAAUCGUCUUUUUUUCGCUGGUGAAGCGACAAACCGCCAACACCCCGCCACGAUGCACGGUGCGUAUUUAAGCGGGUUAAGAGAAGCGUCAUGCAUAUAUAGCGUUACAAGAAACGGUAGUAAACAAACUCAUCCUAGAAAAAGCAAUCGGAAAAUCGUAGGAGUAGGUGAUAUUCUCGCAAAUCUGUUUAAAUAUCCGGAUUUAGCUUUCGGGAAUUUCUAUUUUGUGUUUGACCCGUCUAUAGAAGACUCUAAGUCAACGGGGUUUAUGAUGGUUACGAUUGAUAGUCCGGCCGAGAUCUGUAGUGAUAAUGGGAAAGUCAACAAUAGCCAACACUCUGACAAGCAACCUUUGAAGCUUUACACGCUUAUAUCGCGUGUACAGGCAAACGAGUUGGAAUCGGUUGAAGGAGGUAGUGAAAGUCGAAUGACGUAUUUGUAUAAAAACCUCGGGUUGAAAUUAAUGGGGUUGGACAGUUUUGCCCUCGUAGCAAAUUCCUUGAUUUCUAGCAUUGCUGCAAAACGAGGGAGGGUCAGAAACCGGAUUGUUUCUAGAAAGCGUGUUUCAUACACAUGAUACACAAGCUUUGCAUCUUGUUGUUGUAAGCACACAUGCUGUUUUGAGGUCAAACUUUUAAGGUUUGACUUAGGUGCAACCGGUUGACAGGGGUGACCGAUUUGGGUAUUUUGGAGGAUGAAUCACCGUGAGUGAUAGCGUCAUUGAGUUGACUGAUGGCAUAGAAUGGUGAUAGUUUUCAUGUAUACGAACGAUCUCAUGUUCAUGCCCAUGGAUUUAGUGUUUUAGAACUCUUUGAUUUUUGUUCUCAUCAACUGUAAUCAUUCCUGUAAACUUCUAUUUCUUUUUCGUCCUGCGAAAGCAUCUGGAUGAAAAAUUAAUUUGACACAAAUUGACUUCUUGUGGAAAGGUAAAACAUGUCUUGGAUGUUAAGUA